GGCAUUUGUCUUGCAUACACAACCAUCAAUAAAUUGUUUUCAAGUACAAAACAAACAUGAAGUUGGUGUGGUCAAUCUUGUUACUCGUUGCCGCCACGGCGGUGAUGAACGUAGCUGAAGGUUGGGAGGAAAUCCCCACCAGUAGUGGCGAUGGGAUCAUACGUGUCGGUGGCAAAGUGCUUUGCCAAGAUUGUACCGAGGGGUGGAAUGAAUGGGUUAAUGGAAAUAAACCUAUCGAAGGUUGUAUCGUUUCUGUGACAUGUAUGGACGAUAGGAAAAGGAUCAUCUAUUAUGAAAGCGACAUGACUGAUAAAGCUGGUGAGUUUGAGGUCACCAUAAACAAAUACAUCCGUGGAAAGAAGAUAAAUCCCGAAGCUUGUUUCACAAGGCUCGUUUCUUCACCCGAUCCUAUUUGCAACAUCCCCACCGAUUUUGCGGGAGGCAAAACCGGGGUCAAACUUGGCCGCCCAACCAUCAUGUACCGAGAUAUAAUCAAACACAUUCUUGGUCCGUUCUAUUACACAACACCUAUGUGUGAUGAGCCAAACACGAAUGAUAAUGAUAACGAUAACGAAGAUAAUUCAUAUGAGAAGGAAAAGAACUACUGAUACCUCAAUGUUUAGUUGUUCCAUUAAAUGAAUUUCUCAUUGUUUUGUUAUGCAAAAAUCGUAUAAAAUUGAAGGAAACUUUUUUUUUUUUA